AUGUCUGCCAAUGAAUCUGUUGAUGUUGCUGUUGAGACGCAAACAGAAAAAACAUUUAAUAAUACGAUGGAACUUAUGGACGAGAAACCUUUAGAAUUAUAUUAUUCUAAUAAUAAUAGAGAAGAAUCAGUAGAAAAAUUUUUAAGUAAAUUAGGUAAUUUUAAUAGGGACCAUUCUGGUAUUUCUACAAUAGAACGUGCUAAUAGUAUAUUAAGGUUAUGUAAUAAUAAAAAGGAAGUUAUCGUAUUAGAAGAGCACGAUAUAUUAAGUCAAUUUCUUAAGGCACAUGUAUCGAAUGUAUUCAGUGAAAAUAAAUCAUUAUUUAAACAUUUAUUAAAUAAAGAUAUAUGUACUACAUAUGAAAUAAAUUUUGAUAAAAAUAGUGAAAGCACAUUAUUAACAAACAAAAACGAUUUACAAAUAAAUAAAGAAAUAUCAUUAUUGGGAAAUGAAUCAGAACAAAUCAAUAAAUUAUUAGAUCUAUGGAAAAGAGUCGUAAAAAAUGAAGAAAACAAAUUUAACCUUUUAAAAAGAAAUUUAUAUAGUCAAUAUUUGAAACUAAGAAAUAGAAGUAGAUUACCACAUGACAAAUUGAAUAGCAUAUUAAAUGAAUGUAAUAUGAUAGUUAAAAAAUAUAAUAAUAAUAAUUAUAAGAUUAUUAAUGAAAAAUAUCAAGUAUGGUUAACUGUUACUCCUCAUAAUAUAUUUGAAUUUAAAAUAUUUAUAAUGGCUUAUAGAUUAACAUGGAGAACGUUAAUAAAAGAAUUACAUACAGAAUAUACAGAAUUAUUAAAAAGAUCAUUUAAGUAA